AUGUUACAGCAGUAUUUGGCCUGCUCAAGCCAGUAUGCCCCAGUGCAACAAGCCUUCUCAGAGGUGAUGAAGGCUGAGGAGAUGCAUCGUCAGGCCUUGGCAGAAGUGUGGCAAACUGCGGUGCCUCUUACAGGGCUGCUGGUUUCGAAGGUGAUGGACAGCAAUGCAUUCAUGAAAUUGAGCAUUUACGAUGCCACAGCUCUGGAAGAAAGAUUAGUGGAGCAGGGCUGCCAAAGUUGGAGCCGGGACAAAAUGGAGGCGUUCACCAAGCAAGCAACGAAUGAAAGCCUGGAGACGGGGUUGUUGGGGCAGACUGCACAGCAGCUGGGCUUCCUCUUCCAGGAGCUGCAUGUUGUGAAGGAACGCCUCGCAGAGAUUCCAGAAGAAUGGGAGGCGGUUGACCAAAGCAUUCUUCGCGUAAAUCAAGGCUUCGAGGAGAUUUUGAAGCUUCGCCCAUCGCUCGUAAGGAAGCUGAUGCAAAGGUGUAGUCUAAAGCUGAAGAUAGAAGCCAUUACAAAUUCCACCAGGCCUGAGCUGCGUCCAGAAGGGAUGUUGGCCAAUGAGACGUGA